AUGAAAUGGACGAAAGGUGAGAAACAAGGUAUUGUUGUAGCUGGUGGUCAAGGUCAAGAAAAUAGUCUUUCACAAUUAUCAAAUCCUUGUGGAAUUAUCAUCGAUCAAUCAAGUACUCUAUAUGUGGCUGAUUUUUCGAACGAUCGAAUUAUGCGUUGGUCGCAAGGAAUCACCCAAGGAAAUGUUAUCAUUAGUGAGAAUGGUCAAGAAAGUCAAUCGAAUCGACUUUCGGACCCCAUUGGUUUGUCUUUUGAUCGAGAAGGUAAUCUUUAUGUGUGUGAUCACAGAAAUCAUCGAAUACAAAAGUUUAACAUUGAUCGAAAUUGA